AUGCCGCGUUGCAUCAAUAGUGGGAUUCUUGAAGUGCUUACGGUUUUAACGUCAUCCAUAAAAUAUCACGAUUACGUGACGGAUAAAGGAAAAAAUAUCUCCAUACCCUGCACAGCAGAGGGCAACGUUAUGUGGGUAAAGGAAAGUGGAAACAACAGUACUAUAAUACAGACUGGAAAAUUUUUAAUACUUACAAAUAUUUCGGCUGACGAGCGUGGUGUGUAUGUGUGCUUUGCUGCGAUUCGCCAUUCUUCCAGCUUUAACUUUGACCCUAAUGCAGACGCUGCUAUAAGAACAAUAAAUGACGAUAAGAAAUCAAUAUCAACAUUUUUGCCAUUAUUUGGCUCGUCAUUGUCGACGUCACCAACGGCAUCAUCAGCAUCAUCGAAGUCAUCAGAUGAUACGAAAAUAGCAACAAUUGUGAAUGCAAGUGCAACAAAUGCUUCAACUACCUCAUCGCUUCCAAUGCCAGUGCCCACAAUAGCCGUAACAAAAAGCACAGCCAAUAUAUCGACAGUGAAGCAAGUUGCAUUUGCUAACAAAGCCACCACCACCACCUUAGACAAUGGCGACCACCAAACAAUAGGAGCAGUGUCACAUGCUCAAUUUAGCGAAAGUACUACACCGAACACAAGUCAAGGUGGUGUAACAGAUGCAAUUCUGGCUUUACAGCAAAAUCACAAGCAGCUGGGUGAUGAAGAAGAUGAGGAGGCAGAGGAAUAUCAAGCAGUCGAAAAGGUCAAUUUGACUGUGCGCACCCCACCAGGGCCUGUUACACAACUCUACUUCAAAGCGUCAACAAUUCUGGGCUUUCUUAUUUGGCGCUUUAAUAAAGCCAAUUCCGGUGGUUACCCGGUGCGCAGCUUUACUGCCGAAUUUCGCAAUGUUUCGUACAAUGAAACACCCUACAACCAUACGUUCGAGCACGAAUGGAGUCGAAUGGACCCUAUUAAUAUUGCGCCGAAUGUUGUAAAAUUUGAAGUUGGUUGGGAGAGCAUAGAGCUAAUACCGAAUAUAAUACUGAAUCCGGGCUUCUGUGAAUCGGACGGACCACAGCCAGCGCAGCAGCCAUACACGCGAACUAUCAUAUUCGGCGAAGACGACGACAGUGAUGGCUACGAGAGCGAGGAGUCCGAUCACGAACCGACAAUGGAGAAGUUUAAACGAAAGGUGUCGGUAUUCUUUACAGGCCCAACAAUAAGACGCAUUUGAGUCAAAUCGGAUAAAGGCUGUGGCGAGGGCGACGGACGACGAGGGAACAUUUGUUCAGCAGUCGUUUGCGGGGUUUUGCGCCGUUUAUUUUUUAGAUAUACUAGCAUAAGUAGAAGCAUUUAUUUUAUAUAAUGUUAUAUUUUUGUGUGUAAAAAUUAAAUUUCUUUAUUUAAAAUAUUCGCGUUCCAAUACCGCUAGUAUUUGGAGUAUAUUUGGCACACAAAAAGCUUUUUUUAUAAAUUUGAUUAUUACUGCUUCUUUAAAGACGCAUAAAGAUUCGCACAUACGCAGAGUGGUUAUGUCAUCGAAAAAAAUAUAAAAAAAUAGUUAUAUUUAAUGAAAAACAAAAAUAAAUGAAAAUAAAGUAAGACAAAAAGCGAGCUUUUGUUACAAAAUAUUUUAUAAAUUAAUGCGUAAGCAAAUUGUUACGAAAUGCAUUCCGUUGUCGUCACUACAAAAGGCCCUAAGUGAAAAUGUGACUUGUGGGACAUUUCAUUCCAGAAUAUGAUUAUAACUAUGUAUGUCGUUAGAACUUAUACCAGAGUCAAAGAUAUUUUUUAACCUUGGUAAAUAACUAAUGUAUAAAUUCUUUACAAAAAAAAAACCCAAUUAUUUCUAAGUUUUUUGUAUUUGGUAUUUGAAUGAAUGUGAUUGGUGGGACACUAAAAACCCCUCAAUGUUACCUUUGUGUGUACUCAAAGACGAAUUUUUUGUCAAAACACUUGAUUUUCAAGCCAGAUUCUUUUGUUGAAUAAUGCUCGUAUCUAUUCUUUUUUUUUUGGUAGUAAAAUACGUUUUUUUUUUUUAAUUCUAAAAAUGUAUACUGUGUAUAAUGCGAAUCUAAACUGAUUUUGCGUAUCUCCUGAACAAUUUCAAAAAAUGGACAUGACACCUUUUCACCUUUAAUACUGUCUUGUGAAAAAUAUAGGGACACAACAUUUUUACCAGUUUGACUAUUUUUAUUUCGAUAGUUUAAUGUUUAUUAAUCUUUUAUUAGAGUCUAGUUAAUUGUAUAGUACAUAAC